AUUCCAGACUGUGUAAUGCAGAGUUACAAGAUGACAAGGGCUCCCCAAGGAGAGAAGAACAGCCGGAAGGGUUUUGAUGAAAAGGCUUACUUGUCCUCCAAGCUGCUGAAGGCCGGAGAAGACCCCUACCGCCAGCAUGCUUUUAAUCAGCUAGAGAGCGACAAACUCAGCAGCGAUCGGCCCAUUCGGGACACCAGGCACUACAGGUGCACUUCUGUACGCUAUGACACGGACUUGCCAGCCACCAGCCUCAUCAUCACCUUCCACAACGAGGCGCGCUCCACCCUGCUCCGCACGGUGAAGAGUGUCUUGAACCGCACCCCUCCCAACCUCAUCCAGGAGAUCAUUUUGGUAGAUGACUUCAGCUCAGAUCCUGAGGACUGCCAACUCCUUACGAAGAUCCCGAAAGUUAAGUGUCUACGAAACACCCGGCGGGAAGGGCUGAUUCGCUCUCGGGUGCGAGGCGCAGAAGUGGCUACUGCUGACAUCCUCACCUUCUUGGACAGUCACUGUGAAGUCAACAGUGAGUGGCUGCAGCCAAUGCUUCAGAGAGUGAAAGAGGAUUAUACCCGAGUGGUGAGUCCAAUCAUUGAUGUUAUCAGCCUGGAUAAUUUUGCCUAUCUGGCAGCAUCAGCAGAUCUGAGGGGAGGGUUUGACUGGAGCCUUCACUUUAAGUGGGAACAGAUUCCUAUAGAGCAGAAGAUGUCCAGAACAGACCCAACUCAGUCUAUAAGAACCCCUGUCAUAGCAGGAGGCAUCUUUGUGAUCGACAAGUCCUGGUUUAACCACCUGGGAAAAUACGAUACUCAAAUGGACAUCUGGGGAGGAGAAAACUUUGAGCUCUCUUUCCGAGUGUGGAUGUGUGGUGGCAGCUUGGAGAUUGUUCCCUGCAGUCGAGUGGGACAUGUGUUCAGGAAGCGCCAUCCGUACGACUUCCCUGAGGGCAACGCACUGACAUACAUCAAGAACACCAAGCGCACAGCGGAGGUGUGGAUGGAUGAAUACAAGCAGUACUACUAUGAGGCCCGGCCAUCUGCCAUUGGGAAGUCAUUUGGAAGUGUUGCAGACCGAGUGGAGCAGCGGCGCAAACUGAACUGUAAAUCCUUCCAGUGGUAUCUGGAGAACGUCUACCCCGAGCUCAAGGUUCCUGAAAAGGAGCUGAUUCCAGGAAUAAUUAAACAAGGAGGAAGCUGCCUGGAAUCUUGGGCACAGGAUACCACAGGGAAUACAUUGGCUGGCAUGGGAAUCUGUAAAGGAACAGUCAACAAUCCACCUGUCACUCAGGAGUGGGUGUUCAGUGACCCUUUAAUUAGACAGCAGGACAAGUGUCUUUCCAUUGCCUCCUUCUCUACUGGCUCUCAAAUCACACUGGAAGCCUGCAAUCAGAAAGAUGGCAGACAGAAGUGGAAGAUGAAAGGCAGUUUCAUUCAGCACUUUGUCAGCGGUCUCUGCCUGGAAAACCAGAGUGGGAGAGUGGUGACCAACCCUUGCCAAGCAGAUGCACCUGGCCAACAGUGGGAGCUGCUACAAGCAACAUGAUGGUAGCAAAGAGAUCUCCUUGUCUCUUUGUGCAUGAGACUUUGGGAACAGAAGGGGAUUGGGAAGGGAGGAAUGGUUUUGUAUGUCUGACCCUAAAUGUGUUCAUUGUGCCCAUCUGCAAGCCACCAUUUCAGCUGAGCACUUGGUGUUUUUGAGCUUUUCAGAAAAGAAGCUGGGGGUGAGAGAGGGAUGAGGAGAAUUGUUGAAAUUUUCCCAUCUGUUCUAAGUUCUCCUUUGUAGCUGAUGUCUGUGCACAGCUGCACCCAGAAAGGGGGGAGGACCCAGCCCAAUACGCGGAGUGACCAGAACUGCCUUGCAGCUCUCCCCAUCCAUUCCUUGCUCCGCAUCCAGAUUCCAUGACCUCCAGUCCAACAGCUUAAACAGUGCUUAUACAAACAUUGGUAGCUCUUUGGCUUCCCUGACUUUUCAGUCUAACAUCAUGCAUCAUUUAUGCAUGCAUGUCUGUCAGUGAGAACUGGCCAGAAGAAGAGUCAUCAUGAGGAGUGGAGGGGCUGGGAAGGAACUAGCAGACCCAGGGGCAUGUUUUUAACCUCUUUGUGGUGGGCCUGUUCCUUCUUCUGCCCGCAGUAGCUGCUCUACAGCCAAACAUGCUGAGGUUGGGAAACGAGGCACAAUGCUGACGAGAGCUGGAAACGGGACAAUCUGUUUCACCAGCAUAACCAGGGAUUGUCUUGGGAACUAUUCCCUCUUAGAAUCAUAGAAUCAUAGAAUGGUUAGAGUUGGAAGGGACAUUAAAGGUCAUCAGGUUCCAACCCCCCUGCCAUGGGCAGGGACACCUCCCACUAGACCAGGUUGCUCAAAGCCCCAUCCAGCCUGGCCUUGAACACCUCCAGGGAUGGGGCAGCCACAACUUCCCUGGGCAACCUGUUCCAGUGCUUCACCACCCUCACAGGAAAGAAAUGAACUCUUGAAUUCUUGCUUCCAUUUUUUUACGGGUGGAAGGCCAGCCCUGCCUCCAUGAGUGAUCCAAGCCCGCAGGCAGCACCUGGGUUCAGGGUACCACGCUCCUGCGGAGCUGGUCAAGGACACUUUGGGAUGGCAGAGAAGCUGGUCCUGUUCUCUGGCUGCUCUUCCUGGUGCUACCCAAUGCUGCUCACUGCUCCCCACACCGAAGGGGAUGCGCUGCACUUGGGUCAGGCCUGUGCCAGGAGCCCACCCAGUCCCCUGCUGUGAGAAGCAGAAGGGGACAACCCCUAGCUCAUCGCAGGCUUCCAGCUGCUGGCUGAGCAGGAGCACAGCCCUCUCUCUGGCUCUCCAGCUCCACAUGGCCCUUAUGAACACAGCCCACCAUGACAGGCCACCCAGUCCCUCUGUCUAGGUGUUUUCCCCCCUCUCUCAGAAAGAGGAGGUGAAAAGGUGUGGGGCUGCUCCAUUUGUGACGCCCAGCUCUCGUCCCAGUUGGGCACCUUGGAGAGGUUGGUUGGUGAAGCUGAAACUGCCCCCUGCACAAAUGCUUCCCUUCUCCAAGAAAAUCCCCACAACAUUACCUUCUCCUGCUAGAUCUGUUAAAUUUUCCUCUUGGAGCUAGGUUUUGUAAACCAGCCCUCCUCUCCAGGGGCCUGGCAGGGGAACCAGAUGGUGGGGACACUUCAGUAGGCAAUUGCUUGCUUGGAUCCUUUCUGAUCUGGUGUAAAAGAAACAUGAUGUUCAUUUGGAUUCUGAACAGCUGGCUGCUUUUGAUCAUGCUUUUGUAUCCCUUUUUAAUACUUUCUCCUACCUUGGUAUUAGCCCAAACCAUUGACAAAAGAACAGAUAACUGUUCUUCAUGUGUUGCAUGUGCUCAAAAGUGCUUGUGUGAUGACUGGACGAUUUGUUUUAUGUUCUUGGAUCUUUUAUUUAAAAAAAUAAACCAGCCAGGCGGCAGGAGCUCUUUUCCUGUUUUCCCCUUCCCUUUGACUUCAGCUCACCGUCCCAUCACUGAUAAACUAGAUGAACGACCUGCCUGCACUGUGAAAACUCAAGAGGCAGUUCCCUUUGGUGCCAAGCUUACAGCAUGGUGCAGCCAUGCUUCUGUGUGGGAAUGGGGGGCACUGACUCUGCAGAGAUUUCUCUUUCCCGUUGUAGAGAUGCUUUGGGCCUGAACCACCGAGGCCAGGAAAGAGCAGAGAAGGAAAUAAUAUAGCCUAGGAACAGAGAGAGGGCAGGACAGGCAGACCUGUCAGGGGGGAGAGAUGCCAUCCUACUAGCAAUUGGUUUUUUUAAACAAGAAUAUGUAGGAGAUGCUACUUCCAGAACAUCACUGUCAGGCAGUAGGGGACGGGAACGGUCAAGUUCUCACAUACCUGGCUUGAAAAAAGUUGAUGCAAAGACAGACGAAAGGCCAUUGAGCAGGUACUGUACGUAAGCCCUGUAUACAAUAAGGUGCUAAAGGAUUACAUCUUUUCAUCAAAAUGCAUCCUAAGUGGACCAUCUGAGCUUCCCCCAUUUCACUCUCCAGCAGCUUGAGGGUUGCAGCUAACAGCAUGUUCACUCCUCCAGCAGGUACUGCUUCCUUCCUUCUUGCUCCCACUGUGUGUGUGCAGCUUUCUUGCAGUUCCUUCUUCAUAACCGUACUGGGACUAGGACCCAGCUCCUCUACAGACAAUUCUCCUGACUGCUGCAGACCACAGGAGCCCUGCUUACAGCCUCCAAGCUUUGGGCCAGCCCUGGUUCAAAGGGCUCUUGUCAGCUCGCUGGCUGCUGCCCUUGACUUUGUGCUUGGCUCCAAUGCUGGAGGUCACUGACUGCUCCUGGAGCAGAGGUACCUGGACUAGCUGUGUUGAUUUGUGCCUCUUUUCCUGCUGCUCACCACCUGGCAGAGUGUGAACUGGUGUCCAUGUGGGGCUGGGAGCUGAGGCAGCUUGAAGCUUGGACACUCUUCUUCAGGUGCCCCAGCCUGGGGGAGAAAAGGGAAAAGGUGGGCAUAUGCUAGAUGUCAAUAAUUUAUCCCUGGAGUUAGGGACUACCAGAGCCCUAAAGCUACGUGGUUUUGGCUCUGUUCUCCUGAGGUCACCCCUCCACUUGUCACACUUGACUGUCAGCUAAAGCACCCUCCUGUUGGUCCAAUGCAGAUCUCCUCCGACAUCAUCUGCUGGAAGCCAUGGGUUUCCAAUGGCUUUUAGCAAUCGCUGAAAAGGGGGGGUGCAUUACAAAAGGCUGCUUUCAAGUGUAGGCAAACUAAACUUCUCCUCAGAAUAAACAAAGUCUUGCCCAAACUCAUCAGUAGUAUACUUUCCAUUUUCCUUGCACUGAAGGGAAGGAGGAAUUAUGUUCUCUGUGCUUUUUUCCCCCAGGGUCCAUGCAGUGCCAUGUUUUGGAACAGGUCUCCAGUGAGGUUUUUGAAAGCAAACUGAGCCCUCAAAUUUGGCCUGGUGAUUUCUUCCUUUAACAGUCAGAACAAGCAGCUGCUCGCCCUUGUUUUCCUGUUUACUUUAAGCAGCCCCCCAGACUGUCAAUGCAGAACAUUUGCAUUGGUAAUACCUUUUAAGAAAGCUGUUAUUGUAUCAGAUCAUCCAAUGUAAUUUUGUGUGCUGUGAACCAAUUGGGGGUUUAUUUAAGAGGAGCUGAAACUACUGUUGUACAGAAAUCAAUUUCAAAACGUUUAUUUUCCCCACCCACUUGCAAGUUGCACUUUGCCAGAUGUAAUUUAUGUGGAGCCCAGAUUUGUUUUCCCUUUUCUUGAAGAAAGCAUGUGCCAGAAUCUGUUUAAUGCCUGGAAUAAAAACCACUUUGAAACAAG